GGACCGGAUGCCCACUCCGCUCGCUUAACACACCUGCCCGAAUUCGUCCAAUCCAUCUGCACCCGCGCCCGUGUCCCUCUCGCGCCACAGGACAAGGCCUCCCGACCGCCGCUACCUCCUCAUCUCCUCUCCGAGUCCUCGCACGGUCGUCACAGUCACCCCCAGAACUCAGCUAAGCUCGCGUUCGUUUUCGCAAGGAGCAGAGGAGGAGGGGAGAGAUGGAUCACGCGGCGGAGGCGCAGAGGACGGACCUGAUGACGAUCACGCGGCACGUGCUGAACGAGCAGGGCCGGCACCCGGAGUCGCGGGGGGACUUCACCAUCCUACUCUCCCACAUCGUCCUCGGCUGCAAGUUCGUCGCCUCCGCCGUCAACAAGGCCGGCCUCGCCAAGCUCAUCGGCCUCGCCGGCGACACCAACGUCCAGGGUGAGGAGCAGAAGAAGCUUGACGUGCUCUCCAACGAAGUCUUCGUCAAGGCGCUCGUCAGCAGCGGCCGCACGUGUGUUCUUGUGUCUGAAGAGAACGAGGAGGCCAUUAUCGUCGACGCUCCCCUCCGCGGAAAGUAUUGCGUUUGUUUUGAUCCACUGGAUGGCUCCUCAAAUAUCGAUUGUGGUGUCUCCAUCGGGACGAUCUUUGGGAUUUACAUGAUUAAAGACAAGGACAACGUGACUUUGGACGAUGUACUGCAACCUGGAACAGACAUGCUUGCUGCUGGCUACUGCAUGUACGGGAGUUCAUGCACGCUUGUGUUGAGCACUGGAAAUGGAGUAAACGGUUUCACCCUUGAUCCUUCCCUUGGGGAGUUCAUUCUGACUCAUCCAAACAUCAAGAUACCAAAUAGAGGAAAGAUCUAUUCAGUGAACGAAGGGAAUGCGAAAAAUUGGGAUGCUCCUACAGCGAAGUUUGUGGAGAAAUGUAAAUUUCCCCAGGAUGGUUCGCCUUCUAAAUCCUUGAGAUACAUCGGAAGUAUGGUUGCUGAUGUCCACCGUACUUUGCUAUAUGGAGGCAUAUUUUUGUACCCUGCGGAUCAGAAGAGCCCAAACGGAAAACUUCGUGUUCUGUACGAAGUGUUCCCAAUGUCAUUCUUGAUGGAGCAAGCUGGAGGACAAGCUUUCACAGGCAAACAACGGGCCCUUGAACUUGUUCCCAGAAAGAUUCAUGAUAGAUCUCCAAUAUUCCUGGGGAGCUAUGAUGACGUGGAGGAUAUCAAAGCAUUGUACGCUUCAGAGUCUAUCAUCGGUUGACCGGUGUUACUGAAGAGUAAAAGGACACAUGAAUCACCCUCUACCUUGUGAACAUAGACAUUUUUUUUUGCUUUAAUGUAAAAAAAUCAGCCUAUACUGACACGGUACGGCUUCACCAAUAUGAAAGAAUAAAGGAAUAUGAUUCUUACAUAAUUUGAUUGGAACAUAAGUGCCUUUUCAGCUCCUUGCAAUAGCUAAUUUUAGGCUUACAUUUGAUCU